CCCAGCAAUGGACAGAAGGGCAAUCCGCCGGCAAAGGCAACGGCGCAUAGCGCUAAACAAGGACCCGCAUGCAAGUCAUCGAGCGGCGGCAAGAGCGGCAGUAUUGUGUCGACACCGAGUACACCAAAGCCAAUGGCAACCGCCGGGAUGAAUGCCAAAAAUAAAGGAAAGAAGAAAAAGGCUGUUUAUGAUCUUGUGGUUCGAAUUGAUUUGAAGGAAUAUGGCUUGAAUGACGAACAAGUAGCUGAAUUCAAGGAGGCAUUUAUGCUGUUCGACAAGGACGAAGAUGGUACAAUCAGCGUAACAGAACUCGGUGUAGUAAUGAGAAGUCUUGGCCAGCGGCCAACUGAAACGGAACUACGCGAUAUGGUGAACGAGUGGGACGAAAAUGGCAAUGGCACUAUUGAAUUUAAUGAAUUCCUGCAAAUGAUGUCGAAGAAGUUGACAUUCUCCGAUGGCGAGGAUGAGUUGAAGGAGGCUUUUAGAGUUUUCGAUAAAAACAACGAUGGAUUGAUAUCGUCGUCGGAACUGAGACACGUAAUGACAAACUUGGGCGAAAAGAUGACGCAACAAGAGGCCGAUGAUAUGUUGAAGGAAGCUGACAUGGAUGGCGAUGGCAUGGUUAACUAUAACGAAUUUGUGAUGAUAUUAACGUCUCGUAACUAGUGCAAACUUUGUCGACGGAGCAAAAGUGAAUCAAAGAAAAAAUCCGUUGACUCUCAGUCCAAAACUUCAAAAACUUCAGCUUGAAAAGUUCGACUGACUAACUAAUUACUAACACGAAAAACCAUCAAGCCGUCACUCCAAAAUCUAAAAAUAAAACAAGAUAUUCACAAAAUGUAUUAAUGUUACUUACAAAACAACAAAGACAGACACAAAAGGACAAAAAGAAAACAAAGUAUUCCUUUUCAUGCAAUUUUUGUUGCUGUGUAUGAAAAAGUAACCAAUUAUGAGAAAAAGAAGCAAAAAAUAGUAAAAAAGGAAUAAAGAAAAGGAAAAGUCACCGUAAAACAUCCAUAUAAUAUUAUACUAUUAAUAAUAAAUAACACACGCAAAAACUAUAACUUAACUAAUACUACAAACUAUAUAAUUAUAACCGAUUCCUAAUCAUUUUAUUACUAUUAUUAAUGUAUAAGGACGGUACAAUCAAUGUUAGAUUACACACAAGAAUAGCUAAAAACCACGUUAAAUACACAUUACUACUAAAAAAAAACUACUAGAAACUAUGUACUUACAACUUACUUACCCCCCGUAACUGGGUUUAUAUACAAAAACAUGCAUAAAAAUAUUACAUGGUAAAAAAAAUAUGAUA